AUGCAAGAAAGGCCGACCACGGUCGCCGCCUAUGCGGCCGGGGCCUCGCUCGCGGCCGUCGCUCUCUUCUACGUGUUCGGUCCGAAUUAUACCAUCGACGGAGACGAGUCCAACGACAGCAACCGCAAGAAGAGCAUCGUGGGCCUGUCAAACCUCGCCAAUGAUUGCUUCAUUAAUUCGGUGCUGCAGGCCUUGGCCGGGUUGGGGGACCUGCGGGUGUACUUGAUCCGGGAGCUGCACCGGCGCGAACUGGAUGGGCCAGAAAUCUACAACACUGCGCCCGGCCCGGACGAGCUCUCGCGCGGGCAGCGGCCGGACAAGGUGCGGGAAUUACAACAAGGAUUGAUCACGCGGGCGCUGAAGGAGAUGCUGGACCGGCUGAACGAGCGGCCCAUCUACAAGAAGACCAUUUCGGCGCGUGGUUUUAUUCAGGCGUUGGAAUACGCGUUCCGCACUCGCAUCAGUCGCAACCAGCAGGAUGCGCAGGAGUUUCUGCAGAUUAUUCUCGAGCGACUGUGCGAUGAAUAUCACGCUGGUGUCCGCGCCAGGAAGCGCGCGCUCGGCCCCAGAACUGUGCCUGCUGGUCCAGGCUCGGUGGGAGCAGUGCCCGAAGCUAAUGCACCGGACAGCCCGGCCGAAGUCGAGGUGCGGAUUGAUGACGGGUCGGCCAAUGGACUGCCGGCCAUCAUUGACACCAAAUUGAGAGAAAUUGACAGCGAGUCUGGGUUCCCGUUUGAGGGCAAGCUGGAAUCGCAGAUCGAGUGCCAAUUCUGCCACUAUCAGUAUAAGCCGAACCAGACAGCGUUUGUCAACUUGACCUUGCAAGUCCCGCAGAAGAGCUCGACCACGCUCAGCGCAUGUUUCGACGGCCUCUUGAAGACCGAGUAUAUCGAGGAUUUCCGCUGCGAUCGAUGUCGCCUACAGCACGCUGUGGAUAUGAAGAACCAAGAGAGAGCUCGAACACGCUCAAAAAGCGACCGGGAACGGCUGGACAUAGAGAUCCCACGCAUUCGGGGAGCCCUCGAGACGGACCCUGAAGGCGAGCUCGAGGGGGUUACGUUGCCCCCAUCCGAGACGGCCCCGAAACGAAGAAUUGCGCGACAUAUGCGGAUCGUCGAUUUUCCCAAGGUCAUUGCCAUCCACUUGUCCCGGUCGAUCUUUGACCGGAGCAGCUCCACCAAGAAUGCGGCCAAGGUGUCCUUCCCCGAGCAACUGCCUCUCGGGGGCAUCUUGAACCAGACGUGGUACAAGCUGCUGGGGAUCGUAUGCCAUAAGGGCAGCCAUCACAGCGGGCACUACGAGUCGUUCCGACGCAACCAUCUGUACCCACCUUUUUCUACACCAGAAGUCUUCAGCUCCUAUGCGCAGAGCCGCGCGACGAGUGAGAACCCAUCGGCAGCAGCGAGUCCACGGCUGGCACCGCGCAGCAGCCCCGAAGAUGUCGGUGGCAGCAGCAGCGUUUCGACGGGCACCUCGUCGGCCUCGCUGUCGGGUGCUUCAGCUUCUGCGUCGCAACUGACCCCUCAAUUACCGCGGCCAGCGACGUCCAGCUCACGCCGCUCUAUUCAGAGCACUCACUCCCGAUCCUCGGCAUCUCAACAGACCCUGUCCCCGUCUUCGGGCAGCAACAGCCCCACGACAGACCAGGGUCGCUGGAGUGCUUCGUCGCAAUCUUCACGGACCAUUCCCCGGCCGUCGCUCGACACCCCCACGGGGGUUGGGGCACGACUCCGACGGCGUCGCAAGGCGAAUGACCGGUGGUGGCGCAUAUCGGACGAAAAGAUCAAGGAAUGUAAGACCUCCGACGUGCUGGGCAUGCAGCGAGAAGUCUACCUCCUGUUCUACGAAUUGGAGAAGCCCCAUUCGAGCCCCGCAGCUGCCGAGGGGCGUUCGCCGUCCCGUACAUAA